CGGCAUGUUAGAUUUCGCUGGGGGGAGGCCGAAGCGCUUCCGCUCUCGGAGCGCUCGGAGCUCUCAGGGGCGGUCUCUGCAUUAUAUCCUCGCGAAGAUGGCGGCGCCAGUACUAGGCAGCCGGGCUGGAUCGGUCAGCAGCCUCGGGAACAGCCCCACCGCGACACCGAGCAGCACCAACAACAACAACAGGAUCGUGCCCAACUGCCCGGAGCUUGACUUUAGGUCCGGGGCCAGGAUAGAAGAACUGAACAAGCUAAUCCAGGAAUUCAGCAAGCACGACCAGAGGGAGUAUGACGAUCAGCGGGCGCUGGAGAUUCACACCGCCAAGGACUUCAUCUUCUCCAUGCUCGGGAUGGUGCAGAAGCUGGACCAGAAGCUUCCGGUUGCCAACGAGUACCUGCUGUUGUCGGGCGGGGUGCGUGAGGGCGUGGUGGACAUGGACCUGGACGAGCUGAGCCUCUACGCCCGUGGCACGGACUACGACAUGGACUUCACCCUGUUGGUACCGGCCCUGAAGCUGCACGACCGCAACCAGCCCGUGACCCUGGAUAUGCGGCACUCGGCGCUCUGCCACUCCUGGCUGAGCCUGCGGCUCUUCGAUGAGGCCACCAUCAACCGCUGGAAGGACUGCUGCACUAUCGUCGACCACAUCAACGGAGCCACAAACUACUUCUUCUCCCCCACGCUGGUGGCGGACUGGUUCUACGAGUCGAUCAGCGUGGUGCUGGACGAGGUCCAGAAGAAGCCGCAGCGGGGCAUGCCGCGCGUGGAGAAGGUGGAGAAGAACGGGACGGUAAUCUCCAUCAUCCUGGGCGUGGGCAGUAGCCGCAUGCUGUAUGACGUGGUGCCUGUGGUCUCCUUCAAGGGCUGGCCCGCUGUGGCUCAGAGUUGGCUGAUGGAGAACCACUUCUGGGACGGAAAGAUCACAGAGGAGGAGGUGAUCAGCGGCUUCUAUCUGGUGCCCGCCUGCUCCUUCAAGGGCCGCAAGGAGAACGAGUGGCGCCUGUCUUUCGCUCGUAGUGAGGUGCAGCUCAAAAAGUGCCUCUCCACCAGCCUUAUCCAGGCAUACCAGGCCUGCAAGGCUAUCAUCAUCAAGCUGCUGUCUCGACCCAAGGCCAUCAGCCCCUACCACCUGCGUAGCGUUAUGCUCUGGUCAUGUGACCGCCUGCCCGCCAGCUACCUGUCCCAGGAUGACUUCUCAGCCCACUUCCUGCUGGGCCUCAUUGAUGACCUAUUGCACUGCCUGGUCAACAAGACGUGCCCCAACUACUUCAUCCCGCAGUGCAACAUGCUGGAGCACCUGUCGGACGAGACGGCUGUGCUGCACGCGCGCAAGCUGUCUUCGGUGCGCUCGGACCCCGCCGAGCACCUGCGUACGGCCAUCGAGCACGCCAAGGCCGCCGGCCGCCUCACUCUGGAGCUGCAGCGGCGCAGCAGCGGCUCCGGGCUGCCAUCACCACAGGCGGACCCCGCUGACGCUCCGCCCGACGACCGGCUGGCCAAGAAGCUGCAGCAGCUGGUGACAGAAAACCCUGGCAAGUCCAUCUCGGUCUUCAUCAACCCCGACGACGUCACGCGGCCACACUUUCGCAUCGACGACAAGUUCUUCUGAGCCCCCGCCUGCAAUCCUGCCCCCUUUCGUCCGUGUCCUUAGCCUCGCCCCCUCCCCCGGUGACGUCCGCCGUGAAGCGUUGUGAAGUACAGUACGUUGUCCUGUGGUGUCCAUUCGUGUCGCUCUCUCUCUCCUGGAGACUCCACCUCUCCAUGCCCUCCUUGCGCACCGAGCCGCGAUUCCGGCGUGCCUGGCGACGGGGGAAUUCCGCACGAGAUUCCGGAGACGGCUUCUUUCCAUUGGAAAGCGGAGAUGCGGGAAUCUCGUGCCACCCUUGGAGAGACGUGUGUCCAGAGCGGACUCUCUGCUCCGUACUCUUGUGCAGAAUGUAAAGGGAAGCGUGUUGCUCCGGCCUGGCCAUGGCUGGCGGGAUUAUGACGUCUGGCAGAGGAGCCAAAGAUCCCGGCUCCUUCCUGUUUCCUUUCUUAUUGGUUCUUGGCUGUAAGAUUUUAUGAGGGGAAUGUGUGUAAUGGGACCUGUAGGUGAUGCCCCGUGGUCUUUGUCCAAGACUACGGCCGGCUCCCCUGCAAGACCCCCGUUUCCAUUUCUCAGUGUGGGAACAGCUCCAGUUACCGAACGCUGCAGGACUCUACCCGAUGGAGCCAUGCACCUUGGCAGCCCAGGGCUCAAUCUCCAAGUGCAAUUAGUUAGAACACGCGUGCACGUACCCCCGUGAACUCACACACACACACUGGCACACACGCGAGGAAGAUGGUCUAUAAAGCCGUUACUUUGGUCUUGUGAUGAUCUGCUCAGUGAUACGACACUGCUUGAAAUGCUGUCUUAUUUAUUUCCGGGAGCGUUUAAGCGCCCUGCUCUUCGUCAUGCACUCACGAUGUCUUGUUCAGUUUCUUUGCUGCUAUCCUGAACUGGUUGGAUGAAGUGGUCAGACACAUUUUUGAUUAUGCAACUUAAGUUUAACACUACGUGUACCUGUUGAGCGGAUGUGGAUGUGCUCAUCUUUGCUGUAUGUAUGUUAUUGCAUAAAGUCACCUCACUGGCCGAAAGGGACCUGUCACGAGCCUUCGGAGAAGGGAAGUGUCCAACCGUGUGCAUUGUGCUGAGAAGACGACCCAAUCAGGUGUCUCCUGUUCCAGGAAUGGCCCAGUCUCAAGUCUCGUGGCUUAACCCUCCUCUGAGGCCAGUGGAGCAGCAGUUUUGUUCCUAUACAUCCUUGUAUAUAUCAAACCAAUCCAGUAAUAAAGGCACUCAUAUCAGA